GGGUCUGGGUAGGGUAGGCGUCAUGGCUGCGAGAUCGACUCAUCUGCUCCUGGCGGCGGCGCUGCUUGCGGCAGCAAUGCCGGCUUCUGCCGAUCUGUACGGGAGAGAAGGCAAGGACAAGGAAUGCCUGGUUGAGGAGCUGAACAAUCUCAACUUUCACACUCACAUCAAGAAGCCCGACUCGAUGAAUCAUGUCAAGCUCAUCGAGUUCUACAAGGAUGACGCUGCCAACGCGAAAUCUUUCACUAAGGACUAUUGCAGCCUCGCAAAACAGCUUCGUGGAAUUAUCAAGGUUACUGCCAUCAAUUGCGGCAAGCAGAAGAAGAUUUGCGAUGAAUAUUCAGUUACUUCGUUCCCUACAUUGAAAGUGAUCCCGCCUGGAGGGUUUGGUGUCACGGAGUACACAGGAGAGAGAAACGACAAGGCUGUGUACACAUGGGCAUUGAAGUUUAUGACCCACUUUGUUGAAAAGAUCACAGCUGACAACAUUGAUGCAUUCCUCAACAAGGAGGCUGGCAAGUUCAAGGCCCUCUUGUUCACCGACAAACCCAAGACUCCCCUCAUGUGGAGAGGAUUGAGCGUGGAUCUCAAGGGCAAGAUGACUCUCGGCAUUGUGAACAAGGACGAGAAGGGAGUUGUGAGCAGAUACAAAGUUUCUAAGUUCCCCACCAUCCUUGUUGUCAAACCUGGCCAGAAGAAACCUAUCAAGUAUGAUGACAAGUUUGAAGUGAGGGAGAUUUUCGAAUUCUUGAACAAAUAUCAGGAAACUUUUGCCCUGGAGAACAAUGCAGCUGAUGAGGAGCUUGCUCUCAAGAAACCUUGGCUUGCAGAGGCUAUUCCUGAGCUUACCUCUCUAUCUGCUCAGGACGUUUGCUACGGAGCCGAUGCCUGGUGUGUGAUUGUGUCAAGCAAAGCAACUGCAGAUGGAAAGCUCGACAAGAAUGUUUAUGACAUUGUGAUGGCGACAAAAAGCAAGCAUUCUGGAGAGAAAGUGAAACUCGCCUUCAUGUGGAUCAACUCGGAUCGCGAGAGCGCUUUUGUAAAAGCUCUGGACAUUGAGGCCACUGAUGGGGCCAAGGUUGCUGUUCUUCGUACUGGCAAGAGAACUCGAUUUGCUAAGGAUGAUACUGCAUUGUCUCAGAGCUCCUUGGAGCGAUUCCUGGAACGCGUCCUCAAUUCGGAUGUUCAGUAUACCAACCUGAAAGAGGGCCCUCCAGCCUUGACUGAGAUGAAGAUGCCCGAGCCCGAAAAGAAGAAGAAGUAAACAUCACUCUGCAAGUAAGCUGUCUGGUCGGACAGGAGCUUUCGUUUGUGGGAACCAAAACAGGAAUUUCUUCAAAGUUUUGAGUGGCGAGGCCACCUGGACACCGUCCAGCUGGCCUGCCCGUCACCGGGCUGUUAGUUGCGAUACAAACGGCAAACGGGAUCGAACUGCACAAAUGAUCUCGGAGAGAUUCCGCCGCUGAUGAACACACUGCGGCGAAAAUUGAUUUGUGUUCAAGUUUUUUCACCCUGUAACUUCAAUAAACUUUGUGGAAACUCGG